AGGUGUGGCAGAGCAAGAGAAGAAAAGGAGAGGAUGGUGUUAGAGCGAGAAGGAAAGAGAGGAAGAGAGAUAAUGCUUGCUCUCCCUUGGCUCUACGGUCACUGUGUAGUUUCAGUCUUACCGUGUACGUUGUAUGGGGCACAGGUCUUCUUCGGCAUCCUUUGUCGUAUUCACAUUCAACCGAGCCGUUCCUUCAGCCCCUGUUUUUCUCCUCGUUUCGCUGAUUCGGGUAUAUACCAACGAAAAGAUUUCACGGAAUAAAUUUUCGAACCGGCUAUCGAAAAGUACGCAUUAAUCCGAUCGCUGGAGUUUUUUCAUACAACUACCGCCACACUGGAGGAAAAUAUUAUAAUUGUUUAUCGUUUUACGCGUACACCGUGUCGCCGCGGAUAGAAAUCCAUGAGAAAUACAUAUUUCUUGUUACUUUUUAAAAAGGAUGUCUGCCCGUUUAGAAUAUGUGAAUCGGCAAGUUUAACGACGUCAACAAAGAGACGCUGUUAACGAACGCGUCCUGAAAUAUAAACUUGACUGAAUGUCUCGUGACAGUCACGUGUGGCAUGUUUUAUGGAUUUGAUGCGGAUGAAAAUGUUUCGGAGGCACGAGUACGAUUUCUGCGAACGAUUUAUACAAACUAGAACUAUGCGAUUUCUCGCCGACCGAGCAUAAAAAUUCUAAUCUCACUUUAUAACCUCCUUAUUUUUAAUACGGACUCAACAUCCGCAACUGUGAGUGGUACUCCGCGUUUCCUACUUCUUUCAUACUUACGAAUGCGGCUUGAUGUGGUCAGUUGGACUCGAUACAGUUUUUGUGAAAAUUAAGUGCAACCGAACGUUAUUAACUUAUAAAAUUAUUACUUCGAACAGUAUUUGAUCGUAAAGAAAUUAAAUACGCGUGUAUGAAAACUUAUUCUUAAAACUUUCACAAUCGCUCCAAAACUAUAGUUCCUAUUGUAAAUGGAUGCAUUAGUUUCGUGUGCGAACUCCGGUUGUGAUUUUUCUCUUUGUGACUCGACCAGAUGUCGUUCGCGUCGAAAAAAACUUAAAUCUAAAAUUGUGCGGGUUCGUACGAACAGUUGAAUUAAGAUACACGGAAUGAACGCACAAUAAUGAAUAGUUGGAUUCCGUGAAAAAGAGGUUAUGUUCGGUACGCGCGAACUUUGAAAGUGACUCAUAAACAAGUGGUUGUCUUGGAGACAUGUAAAAUAUAUGCGGUCGAUGAUAAAACCGAAGAGUAUCGAACGAAGAAAAUGCAUUGAUAUAUCGCCACGGAAUCAAGGUUUGGAUUAACCAUGUCUACUAAGAGGCGUCGUGGGCCUAAAUUAAAUAUAGAACAUAAAAUAAUACAUGAAGGCCAUAAUAGAUAGGAUGAGUGGAUCUCGACAGAACGAAGCACGUUGCUUCAAUGAAAAUUCUCCACGGCCACCAGUACCUGGAGAGGAAACAGGAAACUACGUCAGCAGGUUCCGUCCACAGAGUCCAACUCUGACCCCUAGGCGUUCUUCUUUUGCAACACCAACAGCUUCAGGUUGCGAUGCUUCGGCACCUUUGGGAUUUGAACCGGAAGGUUGCUGUAGUACGACAACUAUGGAAAGCGAUUCGCCACCUGCUUGUUUGCGGUGGGCCAGGAACCUGCAUUCCUUGCUGCAGGAUCCAGUUGGCUUGGAAUUGUUCAGAAAAUACCUUGAUCAAGAAGGUAGACCUCAUGCGAAUCCACUUAACUUCUGGUUUGCCUGUGAGGGUCUCAAGGAACAAGAUGAUCCUGAAAGGAUACAUCAAUUGGUUAAACUUAUCUAUAGAAAGUUCUUCCUCAAGUCGCAGUUAGCUAUACCAGAAGAUGUACGUAAAGAGGCUAAUCGCCGUGUUAAAGAAGGGAGGGCGGACGAAAGAGUAUUCGAUGCUGUACAGUUGGAAGUCGAACGUCUCAUUAACGAGACUACAUAUCCAAACUUUCUACGAUCUGACAUGUAUCUUCAGUAUGUUCAGUCCUGCCAAAAUCCAGAUUCUGGUGGAUGCCCUAGUUCAGGAUCCAGUCGGGAAAUGUCUGUUUCUUGUGGGCCAAGUUUAUUGCCCACUGUCCACGAAGAUAGCGAAUUUGUUAGUUCCAUACAUAGCUCGCAUUCAGCUAGCGAAACGCCUGGGGAAUUGAGGAGUGAGCUGAGAUUGACCAAAGAUAUGCUUAUGGCUACUCAACAAACUAGGGCGAUGGAUCUUCGACCAAAGCCAGAAGCGUAUGCUGGCAUUUACUUGCAACAUGGAACUAGUCCAUAUCAUAUGCUCGCACCCAGACUGCACGCACAAUAUUCCUCAUACAACCCAGUAUCCAGACAGGAUUCAGAACUCCAGAGCUUGAGCAGUGAUGCACGAACUGAAUCAGACAAUAUGUCUCUCACCGAUUCAUCAGUUGACGGAGUAUCGAUGAAUAAACAACGAAGUAAAAAACAGUAUAUAAGACAGUGCAGAGCUAUGAAGGAUUCAGCUAGUUUAAAUCGUGAUCCACUAGCGCAUCAUACUAUCAUCCCUCGUACACAGCGAGUACCGCGUGAUCUUAUGCAUCCGUUAAAACCGGAAGAAUUUGCUCAAGUGCUUAUUGAGAAAUUAGAGAACGUCAAACGCGAACGAGAAUCUCAGGAAAAGCUUGAUAGGCAUUUGCAAGAAAGCGAUACAAUUAAUAAGGAUGCACCUUUGGAGAUGCCGAGCGGUGCACCAAAAGCGUUAGCCGAUGCGUUAAGGGAAAAAUUGUUGAUAGAAGAAGAUAACGAUCAAGCGAUUUUAGACCAGCAUGUGUCACGAGUUUGGUCCGAUCUGACGCCUUCUCGAUCUCCUGGACUAUCGUCACCAAGACUGCAUUCGCCUGAAAGAAGACGUUCUACGCACAAUUAUCCACGGCCGUACAAACAGAGGAAAGAGAAGGACGUAUUCUCAACGUUUUCAGCAGAUAGUGGUAAUAUUCACGAUUUUCAAGAAGGCAGCGAUCUUGUCGGAGCUGGCUCCAUGAGUUCACUAGGAUCUCACUUGCCUAAAUCUAAAUCCGUGCCAUCUGAUUACGCCGAUUCCCUCCAUAAGCAAGACCUGUAUCUCCAAGGUCACGAUCAAAGAUUCCGUAGGUCAGACAUGACCAGAAGAUCAGCCACAAAGAAAUCUAUGACAGAAUUAACCGACAGUGGAGUGAGCGUUGUAAGCGAUGCUCCACCGUCGACAAUUAGCAAAGAUAUUCGUCUUUUAUCGUGGCUAAAAGAAACUGAUAAGAAAGCGGAUGUCAAACAUAGCCGUCACGGGAAAAAAUAUGGUUCUCGUAGCGGUUCAUUGGAAAGGACGACCAGGGAAACGUGGGGCGUACCUGCCCAACCCUUUGUUGCUGAUCCAGGAAUGCCACCUUUACCCCAACCCCAUACUGCAACGCAAUUAGAAGAAGCGAGGAGAAGAUUAAUUGAAGAAGAUAGGGCACGUUCGAGUUGUAAACAACGUCAUUCUAAUAUUUCUAAACAGUCAUAUGAGCCUACAACGCAAAGUCAAUCUUAUGUCCAAUCGAAUCAAUCAACUUUAAAAAAGACGAAGCAAGAUAUCGGAGAUUUUACCACCGUUGUGUUCAGUUUCUGUGACGAACAGUUUCCUUAUAGGACUAAAAUUCCUGGUCAUAACGUCACUUUAAAACAAUUUAAAGAAUAUCUUCCUAAGAAAGGCAGCUAUCGAUAUUUCUUUAAAACUGAGUGUGAGGAUUUGGAUACAAAGGUUAUUCAAGAAGAAAUAACCGACGAUUCGGAGGUCUUACCAUUAUGGGAGGGUAAAGUUAUGGCGCAAGUCAAGGCGCUCGAGUGAUAGACUGAAACAAAGAUAUUCUGAAUAAAGAACGUGCUAACUUUGAACAAGUGCCGCAACUAAUUUUAUUUAAGAGGACCAGCAUUCUAUAAGAAGAAAAAUCAUAAUAAGGCGAUACUCGGUGUUAGUUUAUUGAAGUUGCCGAAGCGGUUUCUUCCGCUUCGGUUAACCGAGAAAGUGCUUUUAAUCGAUGAAACAAGAAAUCUGUUAAAUAAGCAAAACCAUUAUAUGUUUAUUAAGUAAAAGAAACGGAAAAGAAAAGGAGACUAUGUUUUCAUUUUUUUUUUUUCUUUUGGAAACUUUUAUUUUUCUUUUUUAACAACAUGGUUCUUCCAAUGUUCGGUAAAAUAUUUUAUGCUUAUUUCAUUCUUCGUAUAUGGAAUCAUAGGUUGUACAUAAUUUCAGUAUGAUUUUUAUAGGAAAAAUAAAAAGCGUUCCUUUUUCUAGCAAAGGUUUUGCACACGCAAUCAAAAGAAAUCAACUAAUAGUGAUUGCAGUUUGAUUGUCUCCAGUCAAUUUGGACAAGCUGCAAUAACGUCAGGAAGCGCUGUACAUUAAUUGAAUAAUUUCUUCCUCUUAAAGACUUCCCAUAGUUUUCCAAACGACUGUACAAAAGCCCGCGUAGUUCAUCGCCUUAGUAAGGUCUGUAUAGACCCUAGAUUUACAUAGGAAAAAAAAAACAUUAUUACAAAUUAGUUUUUAAGAGGAUAUAUUACGUGCAUUAUAAAUACACACGCUCUGUUUAAUAUACGUAAUAUAUCGUGCAUUCGAAGAUAUUGUGAAGGAAAAGAAAAAGCAACAAUAUUAAGGACACGAAUUAUGUUUUGUCGUACCACCAUUAUCACUCAUCUGACAUUUGUAAAAUAAGCUCCUGCAUAAAGGUAAACACGUUGAAAGAUAGACAAGCAAUAUGCAAUUGGCAUUCGGGGGGGGGGGAAUAAAAGUACUUUGGUGGAAAAGGAUUAAUUAGUCUAGACCGUAACGAUGUUGUAUCAGGUGCGAACAAUUGUGCCUUUUUAGUGCAGUAAGGUCGAAGUAAGCCUAAGGAAAAAAAAA